AUGGGUGUUUUCUCGAAUCUUCGAGGACCCAGAAUUGGAGCUAACCACGAUGAAUUACCUGUAGCAAAUGCCUCUUCUUCUUCUUCUUCUUCUCCGUCUUCAUCUAUCAGGCGAAAAUUCUCGAAUUUGUUGCCAAUCUGCGUGGCUCUAGUAGUCAUCGCCGAGAUCGGGUUUCUGGGUCGGCUCGAUAAAGUCGCUUUAGUCGAUACGUUGACCGAUUUCUUCACCCAGUCUCCGUCUCUCUCGCAGUCUCCCCCGAGGAGAUCCGACCGGAAAAUCGGAUUGCAUACAGAGAACUGCGAGGAUUGGCUGAUGAGAGAAGACUCAGUUACUUAUUCAAGGAAUUUCACUAAAAAUCCAAUUUUUGUCUCCGGUGGUGAUAAGGACUUUCAGUCAUGUUCUGUGGAUUGUACAUUUGGAGGAAGCUCAGGUCAAAAAGCAGAUGCUGCGUUUGGAUUAGGUCAUCAACCUGGAACUCUUAGUAUAAUCCGUUCAAUGGAAUCAGCACAGUACUAUCCAGAGAACGAUCUUGCUCAGGCACGACGGAGAGGUUAUGCUAUAGUGAUGACCACUAGUCUUUCAUCAGACGUUCCUGUUGGGUAUUUUUCUUGGGCGGAGUAUGAUAUAAUGGCUCCUGUACAGCCAAAGACUGAGAAAGCUAUUGCAGCUGCUUUUAUCUCCAAUUGUGCUGCUCGGAAUUUCCGCUUGCAAGCGCUUGAAGCUCUGAUGAAGACUAACUUCAAGAUUGAUUCUUAUGGUGGUUGUCAUCGGAACCGAGAUGGAAAAGUUGACAAGGUUGAAGCUCUUAAGCAUUACAAAUUCAGUUUGGCGUUUGAGAACACUAACGAGGAGGAUUAUGUCACCGAGAAGUUCUUCCAGUCUCUAGUUGCUGGAUCUGUUCCUGUGGUUGUUGGUGCGCCGAAUAUAGAAGAAUUUGCGCCGUCUUCAGACUCGUUCCUUCACAUUAAGAGUAUGGAAGAUGUGGAGCCAGUUGCAGAGAGAAUGAAGUAUCUCGCGGAUAACCCUGCUGCUUAUAAUCAAACACUAAGAUGGAAGUACGAGGGUCCUUCAGAUUCUUUCAAGGCACUUGUUGAUAUGGCUGCUGUACACUCUUCUUGUCGUCUCUGCAUUUUCCUGGCUACAAGGAUUCAAGAAGAAGAAGAAAAAAGCCCGGAUUUCAAGAAACGGCCUUGCAAGUGCUCCAGGGGAGGAUCAGACACAGUCUAUCAUGUUUUCGUUAGAGAAAGAGGCCGGUUUGAGAUGGAAUCCAUCUUUUUGAGGGGUAAAAAUCUGACUCAGGAAGCUCUAGAAUCAGCGGUUGUCGCCAAGUUUGAGUCUUUGAAACAUGAGCCGGUGUGGAAGAAGGAAAGGCCUGUAAGCUUAAAAGGAGACGACAACAAGCUUAGAGUACAUAGGAUUUACCCGCUUGGCCUCACGCAGCGACAAGCUUUGUACAGCUUCAAAUUCGAGGGAAACUCGAGUUUAAGUAGUCACAUUCAACACAACCCUUGUGCUAAAUUUGAGGUUGUCUUCGUGUAG